AUGGAUUUACCCAGUGAUUUGAAAACCAUCUUUCUCGGUUGGCUAGAAGAAGAGUUUUUGAAUGCUCACACUAAAAAUCAAGACAAUUUAACUGCUAUCUAUGGUAAAGCCUUGAAAAAUUUAAGGAAUUCAGAUUUACCAAUCAAAAAACCAAUUGAUUUAAUUCAAAUCCAAUAUGUUGGCAACAAAAUCGUUGCAAAAAUGGAGAAAAGACUCCAAAAAUAUUGCAAAUUAAAUGGUUUCAUAUACCCUCAACCUGAAUCGCCUCUGAAAAAAAGAUCUUGUCCUGAUGAUGAUCAACCCACUAAUUCUAAAAAAAUAAAGAAAAAAAUUACAAAAAAAUAUGUUCCAGCUAAAAGAUCUGGUGCUUACGCAAUUCUAAAAGCACUAUAUCUUUAUGAUAGAAAUCUGAAUGGCAUGACUAAGGACGAAAUCAUCAGAAAAGCUGGUCCAUUUUGCGAUAAAAGUUUCAUCCCAAAUCCCUCUAUAAAAAACUUUUAUUCAGCUUGGACUUCUUCCAAAACUUUACUAAAUAACGAUCUAAUAAAGGGUGUUGGAAGACCAAUUCACUACUACCUAACCGAAGAAGGCUUGCAAUUAGCUGAAAAUUUACAUAAAGUUGACGAAAUGGACAAUUCUGAUGAUCUUGAUAACCUAAACGAUUUGACACCACUCGAUCAACAUUAUAACAAUAUUCAUGAAAAUCAACCAAAUAGCCAUAAAAGCAAAUUCGAUUCCUAUCUAUUUUCAGACCUCAAUAAUCAAACCGGCACUAGUACCUCAGAUGGUAUCAAGCUCAGGCCCAUAGAUCCUUAUCCUUCUUAUAAUCACAAAAUACCUUCCAAUGAUAUUAUAAAUCAACAAAAUGCAAUCCCUUCCUCAAUAAGAAAAAAACUAGAUAACACUGAAUAUGUAGUAUGGCAACCCUCAGACUACCAAGUCUUAUUCUAUCUAGACAAUCGUGAAAUAAGAGCUAAAAAUCAGAGAAAUUAUUUCUAUGACAAGUUAUCUGAAAUGGGUAUAAACGUUCACAUUAAAUCUUUAACCCUAGGCGAUGGCUUAUGGAUUGCAAAAAAUAUCCACAACCAUGAAGAAGUAGUUCUUGAUUUUAUAUUUGAAAGAAAAAGGCUUGGUGAUUACGUUUCUUCCAUUAAAGAUGGAAGGUUUUAUGAACAGAAAUCAAGACUAGAAAAAGCUGGUUUAGAACACUCUUACUAUCUAAUUGAAGAGUUUAAUUCAACUCAUUUUUCAAGUAUUUAUUCCCACAUGGAAACUGCUAUUAGAACUGGGGUUAGCCAAACAAUCACUCAAAAUAAAUUUCUUCUUAAAAGAUUAAAGGAUUCUGAUGAAACUUUGAUUUUUUUAAAACGACUAAACAGUGCAGUUAUUCGAUAUUAUAACAACAAAAAAAUCGUGGUCAUAAAAUCAAAAAAUAUUGAAACACAAAAUAACUAUAAGAAUAAUUUAGAUCAUUUUAAACAUCAUUUUAAAAAGGACAAAGACAUCAAAGUAUCCUAUAAUUUUGUCACUUUCCAGGAUAUACUCUCAAAAUCCAGUAUGAUGACUGUCAAAGAAAUGUUUAUUAGAAUGCUAAUGACAAUCAAGGGUCUUUCACUAGAAAAAGCAAUAGUAAUUCAAAGCUACUUCGAAACUCCCAAAAAUUUAUUAGAGUACUACAAAACAAACUCAAAAUAUUUAGAUGAAAAAAGCUUAAAAAGACUUUUAAAUCAAAAAUUUAAAAAUGAAAUACAAAGAAAAAAUAUCGGUCCCAAGUUAUCUGAGAGUAUAUAUGAAGUUUGGGGUAAAUUGAAUUAUUAA